AUGUGGUCUUCUCAAGUUAAUCGUUUGUCGAAAACGAGCCCUAAGUAUUUAACUUGGUUGGUUUCAGGUAAUAAUUGGUUGCAAAGUUUGACUGGGGGACAAUUGUUUGGGCGAAUGGAGAAAGUAAUGUGGCUAGAUUUGUUUGUAUUAGAUCAUAUUGUUAGAACGCAAUACGGACCAGAAGCAAUCGACGGACCGGCGGACCGCCGCUGGAACCCAAUCAAAACAACUGUAGACCACAAACAACAGUCGACUGAUUACGAGCAACCCCGUGGAAUAAUCGGUGACCGCCGGUGUCACGGGCAUUUCGUACGGAGGAACGUCACAGCCCCCGCCGAUACGAUUACGUUAGGAUUAUCGCACCCCUCGGUACCAUAA